GGCGGUGUAAAGGGGUGGGCUGUGGAGCCGAGCUGCCGCACCGGGGUGGUGGGCACUGGGGUCCCAACAGAGGGCCUGGGAGGUGCUGCCGCAGCCCAGAGAUGGGCUGGGAGUGAAACUAUGUAGCCUCUUAAGAAACUCACUUUGACCUUUCUGAAGUCCAUAUGGCUCUAUAUGAUGAAGAUCUCCUGAAGAAUCCUUUCUAUCUGGCUCUUCAGAAGUGGCGCCCUGACUUGUGCAGUAAGGUGGCCCAAAUCCACGGCAUAGUCUUAGUGCCCUGUAAAGGAAGCCUAUCAAGCAGUGUUCAGUCCUCUUGUCAGUUUGAAUCCUACAUUUUGAUACCAGUGGAAGGACAUUUUCAGACCUUAAAUGGAAAGGAUGUCUUUAUACAAGGAAACAGGAUUAAAUUAGGAGCUGGUUUUGCCUGUCUUCUCUCAGUGCCCAUUCUCUUUGAAGAAACUUUCUACAAUGAAAAAGAAGAAAGUUUCAGCAUCCUGUGUAUAGCCCAUCCUUUGGAAAAGAGAGAGAGUUCAGAAGAGCCUUCAGCACCCUCAGAUUCUUUUACCCUGAAAACUAUUGAAGACGUGAGAGAAUUUUUGGGAAGACACUCUGAGAGAUUUGACAGGAACAUCGCCUCUUUCCACCGAACAUUCCGAGAAUGUGAAAGAAAGAGCCUCCGUCACCACAUAGACUCGGUGAAUGCGCUCUACACAAAAUGCCUCCAGCAACUUCUGAGGGACUCUCACCUGAAAGUGCUUGCGAAGCAGGAGGCCCACAUGAACCUGAUGAAGCAGGCAGUAGAGAUGUACAUCCAUCAUGAUAUUUAUGAUCUGAUCUUUAAGUAUGUGGGGACCAUGGAGGCGAGCGAGGAUGCUGCCUUUAACAAAAUCACAAGAAGCCUUCAAGAUCUCCAGCAGAAAGAUAUUGGUGUGAAACCUGAAUUCAGCUUCAAUAUCCCUCGUGCAAAGAGAGAGCUGGCUCAGCUGAACAGAUGCACCUCCCCACAACAGAAGCUGGUCUGUUUGCGAAAGGUGGUGCAGCUCAUUACACAGUCUCCUAGCCAGAGAGUGAACUUGGAGACUAUGUGUGCUGAUGAUCUUCUCUCAGUCCUAUUGUAUUUGCUUGUGAAAACAGAGAUCCCCAAUUGGAUGGCAAAUUUGAGUUACAUCAAAAACUUCAGAUUUAGCAGCUCAGCAAAAGAUGAAUUGGGGUACUGCCUGACCUCAAUCGAGGCUGCAAUCGAAUAUAUUCGGCAAGGAAGCCUUUCUGUUAAACCACCUGAGUCUGAGGGAUUUGGUGACAGGCUGUUCCUUAAGCAGAGGAUGAGCUUACUCUCUCAGAUGACCUCAACUCCCAUUGACUGCCUAUUUAAGCACAUUGCAUCAGGUAACCAGAAAGAAGUGGAAAGGCUUCUCAGCCAAGAAGACCAUGACAAAGAUGCCGUCCAAAAGAUGUGUCACCCACUGUGCUUCUGUGAUGAUUGUGAGAAGCUUAUCUCUGGGAGGCUGAAUGAUCCCUCAGUUGUCACUCCUUUCUCCAGAGAUGACAGGGGUCAUACACCUCUUCAUGUGGCUGCUCUCUGUGGGCAGGCGUCUCUCAUCGACCUCCUGGUUUCCAAGGGUGCCAUGGUGAACGCCACGGACUAUCACGGGUCCACUCCUCUUCAUCUGGCAUGUCAGAAGGGCUAUCAGAGUGUGACGCUGCUGCUGCUGCACUACAAGGCCAACGCUGAGGUGCAGGACAAUAAUGGCAACACCCCACUCCACCUGGCCUGCACUUAUGGUCAUGAAGAUUGUGUGAAGGCUUUGGUCUACUACGAUGUGCAGGCGUGCAGACUGGACAUUGGUAAUGAGAAAGGAGACACACCCCUACACAUAGCUGCACGUUGGGGUUACCAGGGCAUCAUAGAGACGUUGCUACAGAAUGGAGCACCCACAGAGAUCCAGAACAGACUGAAAGAAACACCGCUCAAAUGCGCACUAAACUCUAAGAUUCUGUCUGUGAUGGAAGCCCAUCAUCUGUCUUUGGAAAGAAGACCAAAGGAAAGGAGGUCUUCCGAGGUCCCUCAACAGUCCCCUCAACGCUCUGUGGAUUCCAUCAGCCAAGGGUCCUCCACCUCCAGCUUCUCCUCCAUGUCAGGGAGCUCCAGACAGGAGGAGACCAAGAGGGACUACCGAGAGGUAGAAAAACUUUUAAGAGCAGUUGCUGAUGGAGAUCUAGAAAUGGUGCGUUACCUUUUAGAAUGGACAGAAGAGGACCUGGAUGAGGUGGAUGAUACUAUUGGUGCAGCAGAUCAUGAAUUCUGUCAUCCCUUGUGUCAGUGCCCCAAAUGUGCUCCUGCUCAGAAGAAGCUGGCAAGGAUUCCUACCAAUGGGCUUGGCGUUAAUGUGACCAACCUGGAUGGCUCUUCCCCACUGCAUGUUGCUGCCCUGCAUGGUCGAGUGGACCUCAUCCCCCUCCUGUUGAAGCAUGGUGCCAACGCAGGUGCCAGAGAUGCAAACCAAGCCGUCCCCCUCCACUUGGCCUGCCAGAAGGGCCACUUUCAGGUGGUGAAGUAUCUAUUAGAUUCUAAUGUGAAACCCAAUAAAAAGGAUAUAAGUGGAAACACACCCCUCAUUUAUGCCUGCUCCAGUGGCCAUCAUGAAGUCGUAGCACUGUUGCUACAGCAUGGGGCUUCCAUUAACGCUACUAACAAUAAGGGCAAUACAGCUCUGCAUGAGGCUGUGAUAGAAAAGCAUGUCUUCGUGGUGGAGCUGCUUCUGCUUCAUGGAGCAUCAGUUCACAUCUUGAACAAGAGGCAGUGCACGGCCAUAGACUGUGCUGAGCAGAAUUCAAAAAUAAUGGAGUUACUUCAAGUAGUACCAAGUUGUGUUGCCUCAUUAGAUGAUGUUGCCGAAAUAGACCACAAGGAGUAUGUGACCGUUAAGAUCAGGAAAAAAUGGAACUCAAAAAUGUACGAUCUACCAGAUGAACCUUUUACAAGACAGUUUUACUUUGUUCACUCAGGUGGUCAGUUUAGGGGGAAGACUUCUAGGGAGAUUAUGGCAAGAGAUAGAAGUGUCCCUAAUUUUACCGAAGGUUCUUUGCAUGAGCCUGAAAGGCAAGGAAUCACACGGAAACAGAAUAACUUGCCAGACCAGAGCAGAUCUCAGACUGCUAAUGAAGGAAAGAAUGACUGGCCUGAGGAGAGGCCUAGACAGAAGCAAACUGCUCCUGGAAACAGGAGAAUGCUCCGCAGGCACACUGUUGAAGACCCAGUUGUUCCCAAGGGCCCAGAGACUGUCGACAAUCUAUCCCUGCCCCAAGGGGCUGGUGUUUCCCAGUCUUAACAGUAAUAAGUCAUUGUUAAGUUUGCUGCCAAGAAGUAAGUAUGCAAUAAGAUGAUGCUGAGCAUGAAUACAGCUUAGGACUGAGUAUACUUUCAAACAACUGGCUUGAAAGACUCUUCAGCAGAAAGUUCCUGAAAGCUUUUCUGUGGCUGAGGGAAUAAGUGCAACAAAAAAUUUACCACCAUCUCUCUCCUCUUCAAAGCUAAUGAAUACACUUGAAAGAAAAUGGACAAAAAUUUCAGUAGGGUCCAGCUCCUUAAUUGGGAUGUAUGUUUCUAAGGAUUUCCUGGUUAUAGGGAGAGGUUUCACCGUCAGAUUCUGAUAUUCCAUGGAAAGGUGCUAAACCUCUGUGAUGUGUAUAAAUUAGCAAGCCAUAAGCUAAAAUAUUCUCCCUACCCACACUACAGGAUAAUCUAAAGAGAAGCGAUUUAGGUCACAGUAAGUUACUGUGGAGGCCAUGCAGAAAUGUCAUAUUGGAAUGAAGAAAUAGACCAUGCAAAAUGUUCCUUUGCAAAGCAACACUUGAACCAAAAUAUGCCUAAAUGCCAUUUUGAUGUUCAUUUUAGUAAAAAGGACAUAUCAGACCUGUUCUGCACUAUAUAGAAAAAGUUGGAUAUAAUUUUUCUUCCAACAAAGUACAGAUAAUUGGUCACUGCACAUAUAUACCUGUAGCAGUGUUUCUAGAAACAUCCCUUUCCGUUAAAAACCUCCCUUAAAUGUCACACCUGAUGGAUGGUUAUUAGAGAGUAGAUUUGGCACAUCUUUUCUUAGUCUUUUGAUUCAUAUUCAAAACUUACAGCACAAACCAGGUCAAAGUUAUUUUAAGUUAGAAUUUAUUGAUUUUUAUAAAUUUAUAUAGAUUAUACUGUUAUUUUUUUAUGUUAUUGGUCUACAGCUUAUAAACAUGGGUUUGUCCUGAGUACAUUUUCAAAUAACUUUGUAAUAGGGAAAUGGUUUUGUGCAUGUUCUUGGAAAUUCUUGUGUGUAUAGAAGGGAGGGGUUAUUUUUCUACAAAGUAAUUUAUGAUUUCUAAUUUUCUAAUGUGCCUUGGAUAUGUGCCAAAUGAUGGAAGAGAAACAGUAAACUUUAUGAUUCUUGAA